AGAAAAAGCUGAGAAGUUUAAAUCUGAAAUGACAGUGUGUGAAAGUGUGUGAAAGUGUUUCUGGAGUGUGAGAAACUGUGUGUUUCACUGCGUGCCAGACAAACAAGCUUCCUGUUGGUUUCACGCUGCAGAAGGAAGGACAUGGAGACGCAGCCAACAUUAGAAAAGAUGGAGGGAGGAUCUUCAUUUGCCCCACCUCCUUAUCCAACUGACCCAGCCUCUAUGCAGCAGCCUCCUGCCUAUCUGCCCCCUCCCUAUAACUAUGGCGCUACCCUUUACCACCCGGGAGACCCGGCCACAGACUUUCCCCCUCCUGCACAGGACAUUAACAUUCAGGGCUCAGCAGCAGGGAAUCAAGAAUGUGAGACUGGAACUUCAUUUGUCACAUCUACGUUUGAUGAUAAAACUGUGCGAAGAGCUUUCAUCAGAAAGGUGUUCAGCGUGGUCACUGUGCAGCUGUUGGUCACCUUCUCCAUCGUGUGUGUGUUUACUUUCUCGAAGACAGUGAGGAAGGCUGUGCAGGACAACAUCUGGAUCUACCUCAGCUCCUACAUCAUCUUCAUGGUGGUGGCGUUGGCAUUGAGCUUCUCCUCGACCCUCUGCCGCAAACACCCAUGGAACUUCAUCUCCCUAUCAGUGGUGACCCUCAGUUUGUCCUACAUGGUUGGUACUGUAGCAUCGUUCCACGACACAACAGCUGUGACCAUUGCUAUGGGAUCAACACUCGUGAUCUCCUUCAGUAUCAUCAUUUUCUCUGCUCAGACACGUGUGGAUUUCACAGUGUGUAACGGCAUUCUGAUCGUUCUGGCUGUGGAUCUGCUGAUGUUUGGGGUCUUCAGUACAUUUUAUUACUCCCAUGUUCUGCAGAUUGUAUAUGGAAGUCUCGGAGCACUGGUCUACUCGCUGUUCCUGGCUGUCGACUGUCAGCUGGUGAUGGGGAGAGAGAAAUACAGCCUGAACCCUGAGGAGUACGUCUUCGCCGCUUUAGUCAUCUAUCUGGACAUCAUAAUGAUCUUCCUCUACAUCCUCAUUAUCCUCGGAGGAAGCUCUAAAAGCUGAACCCUUCUGAACACAUUAAAGUACUUUAUCAGCAUCACCAUCAUCAUUGCCUUAGUUAAAUAAAUAACUCACACAAACAUACAGACAGUUUGAGUGUCGAAUCCAUGGAGAUCUUGAGAUCAUCAAUAUAGUAAAGAUGGAGGUCCAGGAGCAUCUUUAGCAGCAUCAGGUGCUGCUUCUUUUUCUAAUCAUUUCCCAUUCAUCACUGUAGAGUGAUUGUGUUUAUUUUGUGUAUAUUUUAUGUGUCGAUCUCUCCUCUUAAUGCUUCCUGCUUACAGGGGUUAAUGUUACAGGGGUAAGUGUUACAGGGGUAGGUGUUACAGGGGUUAAUGUUACAGGGGUUAAUGUUACAGGGGUAAGUGUUACAGGGGUUAAUGUUACAGGGGUAGGUGUUACAGGGGUAGGUGUUACAGGGGUAGGAGUUACAGGGCUUAAUGUUACAGGGGUAGGUGUUACAGGGGUUAAUGUUACAGGGGUAGGUGUUACAGGGCUUAAUGUUACAGGGGUAGGUGUUACAGGGGUUAAUGUUACAGGGGUAGGUGUUACAGGGGUUAAUGUUACAGGGGUAGGUGUUACAGGGGUUAAUGUUACAGGGGUAGGUGUUACAGGGCUUAAUGUUACAGGGGUAGGUGUUACAGGGGUUAAUGUUACAGGGGUUAAUGUUACAGGGUUUACAUUUACAGCACUUGGCAGACCCCCUUGAUGAACCUAAGUGCUUUUAAGUCUCUAUAAAUAAAUACAUGAACACUGCUUCACUAGGUUACAGACUUAGGAUACCAUCAACCUAAAACUGUUCAUUGCAUGUGCUUUUUAUUAUUUAAUGGUAAUUAGUUAAUUAAUUAGUUAAUGUUAAGGGUUAAUCAUAGGGGUUAAUAAUACUGAUUAAUAUUAGAGGUUAAAGUUAGGGGUUAAUGAUAGGGUUAUUUUAGAAAUUGUAUUUUGAACACCAUUAAACUUUAUGAUGAUUGUGGUCUUAAUUUUGUGCCCUAAAUAAAUACAGCUUAUUUCCACA